CGUCACCGUCGUAGCAAGUGGUUUUUAUAACCUCAAUCUUAAUGUUUUCUUAUAUUGAAUAGUGUAUUUUAGUUUUUAAGUAAUUUAUAAAUAAUAGUCUUUUUACAAAUGUUCCUACAACCAGUGUCAUGAAAAAAAUAUAUUUUAUUGUUUGUGUUUUGUUCAUUUCAUUCCCUUUAGCUCCAUGUACACCCAAAUCAAACAAGAAAUCAACCACAGAAGACAUAGCUGACAUUAAAGAUUUUAAAAAGUUAUUAAGGACUAAAACCAAUAUUUUAGCGUGUUUCUAUAAUUCAUUUAAAGAAUCUCAACAUGUUAUCAAACUUUUUAGGGAUGUUACUGAAAAUAUUAAAGGAGAGGGUACAAUGGUGAUUGUAGACUGUUCAGGGAGUGCAAAAAAGAUGUGCAAGAAAUUAAAAAUUUCUGAAAGUGAUCCAUUCACCAUAAAACAUUACAAAGAUGGUGAUUUCAAUAAAGCUUACGAUAGGAAGUUAACUGUUAGUUCAAUGACGAAUUUUAUGCGCGAUCCAACUGGGGAUAUUCCGUGGGAAGAAGAUUCUUCAGCAGUGGAUGUUGUGCACAUACCUGAUUCCAAUACGUUACUCAAACUCAUCAAAAAGGAACCGCGACCUCUUCUGAUAAUGUUCUAUGCUCCGUGGUGUAGUUUCUGCAAAACUUUGAAACCGGAGUACGCGGAUGCGGCGAAAGAGUUAAAAGAUGAUGCGGUGUUGGCUGCAAUUGAUGUAAAUAGACCCGAGAAUACGGCCGUUAGGUCGCAAUAUAAUAUUACGGGGUUUCCCACUUUGCUCUUUUUCGAAAACGGUCGCAUGAAAUUCACUUACGAAGGAGAAAACAAAAAGAACGGCUUGGUAUCGUUUAUGCGAAAUCCUACCGCGCCCCCGGUGAGAAUCAAGGAGCCCGAAUGGUCCGACGUGGACAACGACGUCGUUCAUUUGACGACCACGAGCUUCGAUCCGGUUAUCAAAGAGGAAGCAUCUGUGUUGGUCAUGUUUUACGCCCCUUGGUGCGGUCAUUGUAAAAAGAUGAAACCGGAGUACGAGGCGGCCGCGGCUCGAAUGAAAAACGAAGGGAUACCGGGUAUGCUGGCCGCCGUGGAUGCCACGAAAGAACCAACAAUCGCCUCCAGAUUCUCCGUAAAGGGCUACCCCACUGUGAUAUAUUUCUCUUUCGGCGAACAGAAAUUCGACAUCAACGUUCGCGAUGCCCCUAAAAUCAUAGAAUUCAUGAGGGAACCCAAGGAACCCCCGCCGCCUCCGCCUCCCGAACAACCGUGGGCGGACGAAGAAACCGAUAUCGUGCAUUUGAGCGAGGAAUCUUUUAAGCAGUUUUUGAAAAAGAAGAAACACGUUUUGGUCAUGUUUUAUGCUCCAUGGUGUGGUCACUGCAAAAGAGCUAAACCAGAGUUUACGUCGGCCGCUGCUGAAUUUAAGGACGAUCCAAAAGUUGAAUUUGCAGCCGUAGAUUGUACAGUCCACCCCGCCGUUUGUACCGCUAACGAUGUUUCAGGCUAUCCGACGAUAAAAUAUUUCAGCUACUUCAACAAGAACACGAAAGAUUAUAAGGGAGGUCGAACGGCUACCGAAUUCGUGUCGUUCAUGAAAGAACCCGAUCUCCCACCGACGCCUCUUAGCACGCCCGAACCGGCUCCCGAAUGGCAAAUAGACCCGUCAAUAUUAAAACUAACCGACAGCAAUUUCAAACAACAACUACAGAAAAACGACAUAGUCCUAGUCAUGUUUUACGCCCCGUGGUGCGGCUACUGCAACAAAAUGAAACCGGACUAUUUCAAAGCCGCGAAAGACUUGAGCGCCAAAGGCUAUCCGCAAUGUAUGGCGAUGGUGGAUUGCACCGAAAACCCGACCAUCUCCGACGAAUACAAUAUAUCCGGUUUUCCGACUUUGAAACUGUUCAAAAACGGGAAAUUCGUUAUGGAUUAUACCGGAAAACGGACCCACGAGGAUCUGAAAGAGUUCGUAUUGAAAUAUAUAGAAUCUACGAAAGGAAGGAAAGAUGAAUUGUAGGAAUUACGGAUGGUAAAAGGUUUUUUUUUUGUAAUUUAUAUUCUCGAAUUGAAGCCCAACUCAUGCUCAUUUUUUUUACUUUUUAUGGUGACUAACUUAUUAAAAAUACUAAACCCAAUGUGCGUUUUAUUUA